AUGGGUAAUGACGGUGGAUCUAUAGCAAAAAGAGAAGAUUUGGUAAAACAUCCAAAGAAGAUCGAAAAAGUUAAUCUAAAUGAUUUGGAUGAGAAUAGAUGGUUUAAAUGCACUUUGUUACAAGAUGAUCUGGUGGAUCCUAUAGUUGUCGAUGACUAUGGUAAUUUGUUUAAUAAGGCAAACGUUAUACAAGCAUUACUAGAUGGUACUCUCUCUAGCAAUGCUACACUCUCACACAUUCGUACUUUGAAAUCAGUGUACACAGUACACUUUGCAGAGAAUCCCGCUCGAAAGAAUAAAGAUUUCAAUAAAAAUACACAUCUAUCAACAUCACCUUGGUAUUGCCCUGUAUCGACAGUCGAAAUCAAAGGUCAUCAACAGAGAUUCAUUGCACUGAAACCAUGUGGACAUGUAUUUGCAGAGAAAGCUCUGAAAGAGGUUAAAGAAGACAAACAAUGUUUAUUAUGUACGAAAGAAUAUAAACCAUCUGAUAUUAUCCUUCUGAACCCAUCCAACGAAGAACUUAUAGAAAUUAAAUUAAGAUUAAAAGAAGAAAAGAAUUCAAAAUCAUCCAAAAAGUCAAAGAAAUCAAUAGAUAAAUCAAAAGAUAAAGAAUCAGUAGUGGCACCAGCAUUGACAUCGACAACAUCAACAACAUCAACAUCAACAUCAACAUCAACAUCAACAUCAACAUCAGUAUCAACAAGUUCUCUUCCAACCAAAUCACAAAGUAGUAAAAAAAGACAAUCGACAGAAGACAAUCAAUUAAAUGAAACAUCAAGUUUCACAAAAAAGACAAUAGAACAGGCAAAGGAAUUAACAAACAAAAAGAUGAAAUCAGAUACAUUCUCAACAUAA